GCUGUGCGCUCACUGGCCCCGUCGCGCCCCCCCCCCCUCUCUCAUCAUUUCUUCAGCGAACCCCGUCGGCCCUCCCACCCUCCCUCUCUCCUCUCCGCGCGGGCGCCAUCUUUAUCCAUCUCCGCUGCUCCAGGUGCGGGUCUGCUGGUGCGAGGUGAACAGGUGGGGAGGAAGCCGUCGGGCCGCCGCUGUCCACGAUCGGCUGAGCCGGGAGGAAUCCUCGCGCUGCGGGCAAAGAAGCCUGUUUUCUGAGUGGGUUAGAAAGGACAAUCCUUUUGGUUACCUGCGCGCGCCGUCUGAGUUUCGGAGAGCGCCCUCGGCCUCUGGAUUCAUUGGUCUGAUCGAUUCGUCCACCAAGUACGGGGAGAUCCUUGCGAGAAGUCGAGAAGGUUGGUUGCCAUCCUCUCAACUUAUGCUCUGUUUAUUAUACCAAGGGACUGGUUGAUGAUUGUUUGUUUGUUUGGGUGUUCUGUCCUGUGUCCUCUGCAGCCUUUCCCCUCUCUAGUAACUAAGCAAGUUCAAUUUUCAAAAAAAAAAAAAACUAAGCAAGUUCAGAAGAUUGUUCUGUUUCUAGAACAGAUAAGGAUUGCUGUCAUUUCCAAGAGAGAUGAGCGGUCCUGCUAGCUGAUUUUUGUAUUUACAUCGAGUAAUAAAUUGUUCGUCUAUUCCUGUCCUGUUCUUUACUGGGACCUGGAAACCCCACCUUUGUUAGUUCUAGGUCGACACCUUACCACAGAACAAAAAAGGGUCGUUUUGUACCGGUCUCUUCUUCUACUAGUAUUUUUUUCCUGCACGAGUACUCGGCCAGCCUCCCAUUUUUGACCCAUGGUGUCCAAAUAGCCGUAUCGUGUCAUCUAACUCUAUGGAAGUACUUACAAGAUGCAAUUGAUGGGGAAUCGUGUUACAUGAAUAAAUCUGGGUUAUCUAGUUUUCCGUUGCAGCUGGCAUAACACCUGCAAGAUGUAGCUAUGGGUUAAUAGAACUAAGUUUUUGAGGCACCAGUGUUGAGGCAUGGAUAAGUGCAGUUGAUGCAAUGGGAGGUCCAAACUCAAAAAUGUUUGGUUAUAUACAAAUUUUGGCAAAUUGGUUUUAGAAGACUUUUCUUUAGGCAAAAAAAAGGUCAAAUGCUUAUUGCUAUCGUUUUGAUUCAAUACACAAAUAUGAAUAAUACAUAUCAACACCUAUGUAUUGCCUCAAGGAGAUAAAUUAUUGCAGUGAAUAUACACUUAGCUCAAACUAUUUUAAUUCAGUCUCAAUAUGCAAUAGAAAAAUAUUAUGUUCAUAAAUUAGUCACCUUUUACCUAUGGUUGGGAGUUCAACUGAAAUAAAUCACAGUUGGUUCUUUCGAAAUGUUUCAAUGUUAUAAAGAGCAAAAGCAGAUUUUGACCAAUUAAUUGACUUCCGCCUAUGGUGGGUGAAUGAGACUAGCACCCCCUCCAUUUAGCAAUGGAUCACAAGAUCGCAAGGAUUGACUAUUGGGUCAACGAAUGCUAAUGUUGACCUUUGUUCAAAAUGUUAUUUAGGUAAACAGUUGACUCUGUAACUGUAAACUGUGUUUAGUUCGAUAGCUGACAACUUGUCUAUUGCAGAUUGAAUCUGUGAAUUAUCGGUGUUACAUAAUUGCUAUAAAUAUUGAUAGCAUGAACCCUGAAAUUUGAUUUUUUAAGCUCAGGAUAAAGGUAAAUAACAGUAGUCAAACAUUCUACGCUAUGCAAAUGAUGCAAAGCAAAUUUGACUUUCCCUUGUACGGAGCCAUCAUAUCCUUUGAGAUUAGACAUUUUUGUUUGACUUCACUAUUCAAUCCUUCAUAAGUUGCAAGCAACUAACCAUUCAGUUAUGACUGUACUAGGAUCUGAUAUGAUUUUGCUCCGGGUUCUUUCUGACAUUUUAAUAUUGUUAGGACUGCUGAGAUCAAAGAUUGGCAACCUCUUUUGUGAAUGGCAAACAGAAACAAUGUAGUGAUGGGUAUAUCUCAGCGCAAAUCUUGCCCAAAGGUUCAUAGCGCAAUGUGUAAUGAGCUGACAACGAUGUUGGAUAAGGUCUCUUCUAUUCUUCCGUCAAUAGAGGCAGCUCGACCAGGUUGUAAAGCAGGCAUACAGGAAUUAUGCAACUUAUAUAAUGUUGUUGAGAAAGGGAAACUCAUAACUCUACACUGCAUUGAGUGUAGUAAGCUCUACUUGGCUAUUACUGGAGAGGCGAUUGUAGCAAGAUGUGAAAGGAUCAGGGACUCACUUAGGCGGAGUUUGUUCCUUAUUCAGAAUAUGGUUCCACCAGCACUUGCUAAUCAGAUUGCCGAAGUUCACGAUGAUCUCCGGGAUGUCAAAUUUGUUCUUGAUCCGAUGGAAGAAGAGGCUGGCAAAGCCAUUUUACAGAUGCUCCGGCAGUCUGAUGCAAGUGAAGAAUUAGAACUUGAGACAUUCCUGCAGGCUGCUUCGAAGUUGGGCCUGACAUCUCCUAAAGCUCUCUUAAUUGAAAGACGAGCAAUCAAGAAGCUGCUUGACAAGGUUAACGGUAAUGAUCCAAAAAAGGAGGGGGUCCUUAAGUUCUUCCUGUACCUCAUUAAGAAGUAUGGAAAGAGCGUCAGAUCAGAGACUGGUGAACGGAAUGAGAAUUUACAAUCUGAAAGUCAGUCUUUAACUCCAAGCACAACUUCCAGUGAUGCCAGCCCUCCUGAAAAAUGCUACACACCAACGGACUUUCAGAUUUAUGAAGAUCACAGUAGUAUGUCUGGAGCCGCAACUCCGCCUGCGGAGUUCUGCUGCCCAAUAUCAACAAAGCUAUUGCAUGAUCCUGUUAUAAUAACAUCUGGACAGACUUAUGAAAGAGAAAAUAUUGAGAGAUGGUUCAAUGAAGGAUAUGAUACUUGUCCUAGGACACAGAUGAAGCUAGAGAACUUCUCCAUGAUCCCAAAUACCUGCAUGAGAGAUCUAAUUUGCAAUUGGUGCAAAGAGCAUGGUUUUACGCUUUCCGAUUUUAUUCCUCCAAGUGAAAGUGCAUACAGUUACAUACCAGAGCAAUUGCAUGGUUACUCUAUGUCAAGUUUGCACAAUGUUUCUGUACCUCUCAUUGCUAGAAAGGACAUCAGUUUUGCGAUUGACCACAGCAAUACAUCUUUUGCAUUGUCCGAUGCCAGUUAUGUCUCUAAUGCAUCCCAUGCUAGGGACAUGGAGGAUUCAAAAAAUAUUUCUCAGUUCUCUUGGAACACUGACUAUCAAAAGUAUCUGUCGUUCCACCACUUCAACCAGGAGAUGUUCCUGAGGUUCUUUCAUGAGCUUUCCAUGCUCCCAUUAGAACUCCAAGACAAGUCAGUAAAAGAUCUGAAGAAUGUUCUUGAUUAUGAAAAUGAGGUUUCAUACGUUAUGGUUUCAAAUGGAUUUGUAGAAGCAUUCCUUGAAUUCUUGAGAAAUGAUACUGGCAGCCACAGUGUCCAAGCUCAGAAAGCUGGAUUUCAAUUUUUUCUUGCUUUCCUUUCCAAUAGCAGGGCUAAGGUUCCAUCUAUGAACGAAGAUGCAUUUCAUCUGAUCAUAUCCUUCCUUGACUCUGAGUUAAAAGUUGAAGCUUUGUUGACACUACAUGAGCUGGUUCGGCACUUGAGCAGUCCAAGGUCUCAUGUGAUGGCCUCCGUUGUUACUCCUCCAUUGUUCAAAAUACUGGCAUCUGAAGAUAAUGAAGGGCUUGAACUUGCCCUAAAGAUUAUCUGUGAGCUUUCAUGUGAUGCUGAUAUAAGAUCUUCUCUAGUUUCAAUGGGAAUAAUCUCAAAGCUUGUUCCCAUUUUCUCUGAAGGAAGCUUCGUUGAGUGCUGUUUGGAGAUUUUACGGAAUUUAUGUGACAUGGAAGAAGGUGCAGCUCGUAUUACAAGAACCAACCGGUGUCUUGCUUCUGUUGCAGAAUAUCUGGACAUAGGAAGCCCUAAAGAACGAGAGCAUGCAGUGGUUAUCCUUCUGGAAAUAUGUUCCCGUUGCAUCGAGGACUGUCUACUUGUAAUGAAGGAAGGUGUGAUCCCUGCCCUAGUGGACUUGUCAGUGAAUGGAACCGAAGAAGCCAAAAGCUGUUCGAUCAAGCUGCUCCAUCUUCUCAGGGACAUGAGGCGAAGCGACCAGUUCACUAACUCAUGUUCACAAGAAGUGGCUGCCACGGACGUGGCACAGGAUGCCCCGGACAACUCUGUUCACAAGCAGCCAGUAUCAAAGUCGUCCCGGUUUUUCCAAAAGAAGUUGAACAUCUUCUCCAAACCUCGGUCACUCACACUGUUUUGAAAACUGUCAAAGUUUGUUCGAGUUGGUAGUCCUUUUUAGUGGAACGUUGAGUAGUCCUUGACUCCUUGUACAUGGUAUGAAACUAACCGCCUUCUGUAUAGUUUGCUAGUGGUUGUAUCGUCCGAGCGAAAUGCUUGAUGAGAUGAUAGUUUUUCAUCCUCAUGUAUUUCAGUAGAGUUUCCUUGGUUGUUAUGGCACCUUUGCAGUGUGCACAAUCAGUACAGUAGAUAUAGCGGUUCUUUUGGUGGGAAGUUUGCCGUUGUGUACUCCGCUGUUUCAAAAGCCUGAAUAGAAGCUUGUUUUUGCUGAACAAGUUUGUCC